UGUUGCCUUCCUCCGUACGUGUUGAUGUGUCUGAUCGUCUCGGCGUCUGCGUGCUCAACAGAGUGGAAUCGCGAUAGACCCAGCCGCUGGGCGAUGAUAAGACGCGCUGUCUCGGGGCUGACGGUGGGUCGAGCUGCAAGGACUGCGCAGUACAGCGAUGAGGCGACAAAGGCGCCGGAUAGCUUCAUGGUGGCGGUAGGGAUGGAGUUGAGGUAGUUCGGCGAUGAUGCAUCUGCAUCAUCGCCAUCCUGAGCUGCGCUGCGACCUAGACGGCACUAGCGUCGAACCCGCCUCACCUCCGCCCGCAACUAUACAACUCGUGGGGCGCCGGCCAACAGCAUUCACUUUGUUCUUCAUACACACUUCACGCGUAUUCUUUGUGUUUUUUUUUAAACCCCGAUUUAAAUGUCUCUCCACCUAGCUUCGAGCUCCUCAUAACAUUCGCUCCUCGCCUGCAUCACGCCAAUGUUCACGCCACUGGUCUUGCGGCGCAACUUCUCCCUCUCUAGUCGGUUAUCGCAUUCGCGCAUAAUUCGACAAGCGGCACGCGAUGGUCAUGGGACUGCCAUAAUACAGCGAGUGCGUAUACGGCGACCAUUCCUUAGCAAAUCACGUCUAGUCGGUGCUGUCGCCAUCGGAGUGGCCACGUACGGCCUCGGACAGUAUGUCGGAAUAACAGUCGAAGUGGAAGAGGUAAAAGAGGGGGAAAGGGCUUCCAGGCCUGGGCAAGAUGGGUGGACAACAGUUGGGCCUGAAGACGACGAGGACGAGGAUGAAGAGUACGACGACGCUUUACUAUUCCUGCCAACCGGACUCUCAAGACCACGACCGAAGCAAUUUUGGAAAGGCUCAGACCCCGAGUGGCAAGAGUUCAAGAAGAUCGCAACGGACCGCCCAAGGGUUGACAAGAUACGAAGAGAACUAGUCCUUAUCACACGCCAGACCUUCGCCCAGAGCCCCCCAUUUGUCGCCAAAGCCGGCAAAAUCGACUUACACAAAGGGAAAACGUGGGUUGAAUUCAGGUUCCCCGAUACCAUGCCGGACGAGUACGAGCGCCCUGGUAUCGAACUGACCGAAGACCUGGAGUGGCGAAGGGCAACCCGACCGGUCGAACCCUCGCAUCAUCUUCGCUUGGAAAGAGUAUUGUAUCCUAAAGAAGCAGCGAAAGCGCUCUACCAAGACACAACGAAGAAAGCCGGCAGGGCAUGGAAAGACUUUAAAAUCUACAUGGGGUGGUCGCAAGAAUCGCAAACAGAAGCUGUUCAGCAGCUCGUCAAGCGUAUAUCUGCGAACCCACAGUCAACUCUGAACAAAACGACGAGCAUAAACCCAGAACCCUUUUCGACAUCCGCGAAAGACACUCAACGACCAGGCACCACACCAUCAUCAGCAGCCCCCGUUGAUGGUCCAGCCAAGGACCUCAAUGGUAUUCUCCUUCCCGAUCCCAAAAAACUCAUGCUUGACCUGACACAAUUCCGCACCGACGUGCGCAAGGCCUCGAAUACCGCAACCACACCGAUGGUCAUUCCACGUGGUGGCUUCUGGGUGCUCGGUCUCAUUGAGAUUUAUGGCGAACGAGCAAAGCUGACGCUAAACGUUUAUGCCAUUUAUGAUCCUAAACAAGAACGUUAUGUCGGUAUGCGAGCCGUGCCGUUCAAUUUUACCGAACUGAGACAGCGUCCGAAAGGUGGACCGUAGGCAGGGAAAUUGGGAGGGAAGCGUGCAUUAUCCCCGGCGUCAAUGGCGUUUGCUGAGCGUUAGAUACCAUUGUACUGGGUGGCGUCUAUUUGGAAUACGUGAUCACGUUGAGCGGCAUUAUGAGUAUUUAGACUGUAUUGAGCGAUGCAAUUACAUUCGGGGCAUCUUUGCGAAUAGAUCUUUCCCUCUUCUCAAGUUCACAAUUGAUUCGAUCGAAGUGCUAAUUUUAAGA